CCCAUCGCUACCAUUUCCGGGGCCAGCGCAAGGCAGCAGCAGCAAGCAGCAGCAGCAGGAGAAAAGAACGAAGCAUUCAUUUUGCUGCCGUCGCGUUAGUUUCGCACAUUGUGCUGGGCAGAGAGACGCGUGUGUGUGUGUGCGUGCGUGCGUUCUCGUUCGUGUGCAAAGAAAAUUAGUUUCUGCGGGCAGCCCUUCCCCGACGCAGGGAACAAAGAAAAGUGCGAACAUUCGGUUUGGCUGGUCGGUGGUCCCAGGCGGAAUUGAAUGCGAAUGCGGGCGGAAAGCGUAAAAGUGCGUCGUUGUUGGCUGGUGCAGCCACUAGCAUGAGUGUGUGCACCCUCUUCCGCUCGGGAUCGAAAUUGCCUUGCAGUUGAGAUGUAUAAAAAAUGAAUGAAGGCGAUACGGCGGGAGGGCAACGUGGUCGAAACCAGGCCCUUCCUGCUGGAAUUGAUCGAAACACAUCAACUACAACUAACACUGGCCAGUUACCUACUGGCACGCACGAUUCCAUUACACCAAUGUCGCGCUCGUUAAAUGAAGACCAACCACAGCAACUGGAACAGUCUCAGCAACAGCAGCAGCAGCCGCAACACCAACAGCAGCAGCAGCAGCAGCAGCAGCAGCAGCAGGGUCAGCAAAUGCAGCCUGCCGGCACACCGACGUCGUCGUCAUCGUCAUUGUCGUCACCUCACAAAAGCUUACCACAGCAGCAGCAGCAUCCGACUCCCAGCAGUAACGCUGCUGGUGGCAACGUAACGGUCGCAACCGAUGCAUCUAGUGUGCCGCUGUCGUCAUCGGCACCGUCUCAUCAUACCCUCCAGCAGCAGCAGCAGCAGCAACAAAACGUCGCCAACAGUGCGAGCAGCAGCAGCAGCAGCAGUAGUAGUGGUGGUGGUAACAGCAGUGGCAGUGUUGAGGCUAAUAAUGCUAACAUUACCAGUACGCCGGGUGGUGAACGAACAGGAAGUGGUCUCUCGGAAAGUGAAGGCGGAGGACGGGGAGGACGGGGAGGCGGAUCCAUCGCGAGCGGUGGCGUGGUGGAGGGCGGUCUAGUGCCAGCGAGUGGUGCAAGUGGUGGUGGUGGUAGUACAAGUGAAACCCCCGGCAGUGAGGAAAGUACGUUUGGUGUUGUGGUGGGCGAGAAAAGAGCAAUAGAGGAUAGUACGGGUAGUGUAACGGACGUGGCGGGCGGUGGUGGUGGUGCUAGUGAGGAAGGAGGAAUCGUUGGUGCGAGUGGUGUGGUUGGAAAAUUGUACACCAAAACAAACACUACUGCGUCAACGUCAUCGUCAUCGUCAUCGUCGUCCUUUUCGCCGGUGGUUGCUGGUGGAAUUGCUGUCGGAGGGCAGGCGGCCGGAGGAACUGUUUCCGCUGCCGUCGCUGUUGCUGCUGCUUCUGCUGGCUCGACGGCAGGCGGUUCCGCCGCAGUGGCGAAAAAGCGCAUCAAGCUAGAAACGGAACCGGAACAUGAUAUCAGCGCGCUUAAGAAACUGAUUCUAGAGCACAAGUAUAUGCGAUUACGAAGUAUCAAAGAGAGAUACAACGAGCAUGUAGCGGAACUGUUUUUUCUUCAAACCGGUGGCAAUAUGAUGGAAUAUCCCGUAUGGAGAAAGAAGCCACCAACGCCCGCGUUCACCAGCUUCGUUCGCUCGUACAAGCUGGAACCGUUGUCUAGCAAUCUGGAAGAGGCCGGCGAAGCGCUAAAGCAGCAGUCGACCCGUGCGCUGAGCGGAAUUUCUACCACGCCCGGAAGCACCAACCUUGGCAGCGUCGUGACACCGGUGGUAGUUAGUGGCAAUGGUAGUAGCAGCAGCAGUGGUGGGGAUGAUACCUUAACCGGGCUGCCACAGGGAGCGGAAAUCAAAAUACCCGGUGUCGGUGCCACGCCGGUAGCCGUCUCGACCACACUUCCUGCCGCUGUCGCUCAGCUUAGCCAGCAAGGACAUGUGCCCGGUAGACCGCAGGGUGGUCGCCAUGGGAUGGUGUUUGGGCAAAUUAGUGCACCAUCCACACUAGGAACCUCUCCGCCACUGCUGGUGCCAGGUGGUACGCCGAUCAUUCCCGACCGGGUCGGUAUCGGCAUCUCGCCCGCCGCCGCAUCCGCCGUCGAUCGGAAAAGGCAAAUCUCCUCCGCGUCCAGUGCCCUCGGUGGGCAUAUGAUCAAGAGCGAACUGCUCGAAACGGCAAAUGCAUCGCCCAGUCUUACCACCAUUGGCACCAAUGGCCCGAACGUGCCGAGCGUUCGGCAAGGUGGAAGCCUCACCGGUGGUGUCGGCGGUAGCCGAGGCAGCGGCAGUAGUACGGCCGGCGGCAGUAUUACCGGCUCAUCGUCCCGGGGGCUAAACAACGGCCAGCAGAACGGUGCGCUUGGCAACGGACGCGGUAAUGCACUGUCGUCCGGGUCGUUGGCUGGGCAGCAGCAGCAGCAGCAACUCGGUGGAGGGGUGCCCGCCGGAACCAAUAGCAACGGUCCGCCGGACCAGUACACCAACAAAGCCCGGCAGGAGGUGUUCGUGAUGCAGCGCAUCCAGGAGCUGCAGAAGGAGGGCCUGUGGACGGAGAAGCGCCUGCCGAAGGUGCAGGAGCCGCCCCGGCCGAAGGCGCACUGGGACUAUCUGCUCGAGGAGAUGGUCUGGCUGGCGGCCGACUUCGCCCAGGAGCGGAAGUGGAAGAAGGCGGCCGCGCGAAAGUGCGCCCGCAUGGUGCAGAAACACUUCCAGGACAAGGCGCUGGCGGCGCAGCGGGCGGAGAAGGCCCAGGAGCUGCAGCUGAAGCGGAUAGCCGCGUUCGUGGCGAAGGAAAUCAAGACGUUCUGGUCGAACGCGGAAAAGCUGGUCGAGUACAAGCAGCAGACCAAGCUGGACGAGCGGCGCAAGAAGGCGCUCGAUCAGCAGCUUAGCUUCAUCGUGGAAAAGACGGAGAAGUACUCGCAGCAGCUGGUCGAGGGCAUGAACAAGGCCGCACCGGUGCCGGGUGGUGCUGCUGCUCUCCUCCCUCCAGGGAGUAAGGCGGAAAGCCUGAACUCGUCGCGCCUUUCCUCCCCGCUGCGCGGUAGCGGUGGGCUGGCAGGUGGUUCGGACGAUGAGUUCUGCCCGGAGGCGGAAAGCUCGGACGAUGACGAGGAAACGAUCGCGAAGGCGGAGGCCGAGGCGGCAGCAGAGGCAGAGGAUGGAACCAAAGACGAGGUGGCCGCCCUGCAGAAGGAGUCCGAGAUGGAUUUGGACGAUUUUCUGAAGAAUCUGCCGAAGGACUAUCUGGAGAAUCGUGAUAAGAUCGUGCUGUCCGACUCGAACGACGGUGACGGUGACGGGGAGGAAGAGCAGGAGGAGGAUGAGGAGGAGGAGGAGGAAGAGGCCGAUGAGAACAGGAGGAAGAAGAAGCAGGGUGCUACCAGGGAGGGGGAGGAGGAGGACGGAGACAAGGACUUCAGUGCGGACGAGGAUAGCAUGGACGAUGAGGAUACCAUCCGGGAGCAGGAGAAGAAGGAAAAGAACCAGGAUCACAAGAAGGAAAUCGAUGAGUUGAAUGCCGACAACGACUUGACCAUCGAGGAGCUGAUGGCAAAGUACAAAAAUCUUCCUCCCGCGGGCGAGCAGAUGGACAUCGAUUCCGAUGACGAUGCGGACGAGGUGCCGGCAGUUCCGGCGAACGAUCGCAAACGGCGACGAACGCGAAGUCAGCCCAUGUACGAGUCGUCGGACGAUGAGGGCAAGGAGGAGGAAGACGACAACGAUGAAAGCGAAGGUCUGACAGGCUCGGACGACGAUGAGGAGGAGGAGGACGACGAUGAUAUUACCGAGGAUGAGUCGGACGAAAGCGAAGAAGCGAUGGACGCUGAAGAGGACGCAUUCGGGCUGAAGCAUUUGCUUGACGAUGAGACCGGGUCCGGCGAGACGGCUGCUACAUCAGCAGCAGCAGGCUCCAGCGGGGCAUCGUCGGUGGCCAAAAGUCAAAGCGACAAGGACGAUAUGCUGAACGAUGCGGCUGCCAUCGCGGAAAGCAUCCAGCCGAAGGGUAACACGCUGUCGUCGACCAGCGUCGUGACGCCGAUACCGACGCUGCUGAAGCAUUCGCUGCGCGAGUACCAGCACAUCGGGCUGGACUGGCUGGUGACGAUGCACGACCGCAAGCUGAACGGCAUACUGGCGGACGAGAUGGGUUUGGGCAAGACGAUCCAAACCAUCUCGCUGCUGGCGCAUCUGGCGUGCGUGAAGGGCAACUGGGGCCCGCAUCUGAUCAUCGUACCGUCGUCGGUGAUGCUGAACUGGGAGAUGGAGUUCAAGAAGUGGUGCCCGGGGUUCAAGAUACUGACCUACUACGGCACGCCGAAGGAGCGCAAGCAGAAGCGCACCGGCUGGACGAAGGUGAACGCCUUUCACGUGUGCAUCACGUCGUACAAGCUGGUGAUACAGGACCACCAGAGCUUCCGGCGGAAAAAGUGGAAGUACCUAAUACUGGACGAGGCGCAAAACAUCAAAAACUUCAAGUCUCAGCGCUGGCAACUGCUGCUCAACUUUCAAACCGAACAACGACUACUGCUCACUGGCACGCCGCUGCAGAACAAUUUGAUGGAACUGUGGUCGCUGAUGCACUUCCUGAUGCCGCACGUGUUUCAAUCGCACCGCGAGUUCAAGGAAUGGUUCUCGAACCCGAUGACCGGCAUGAUCGAAGGCAACUCCGAGUACAAUGAAACGAUUAUCAAGCGCCUUCACAAGGUAUUGCGACCGUUUUUGCUGCGGAGGUUGAAAUGCGAGGUGGAAAAGCAGAUGCCGAAAAAGUACGAACACGUGGUCAUGUGUCGACUGUCCAAGCGUCAGCGCUUUCUCUACGAUGACUUUAUGAGUCGAGCAAAAACGAGAGAAACGCUAGCAUCGGGCAAUCUGCUGAGCGUGAUUAACGUCCUAAUGCAGCUGCGCAAGGUGUGCAACCAUCCGAACAUGUUCGAGGAGCGACCGACAAUAUCGCCCUUCCGCAUGGAGGGCAUCAGCAUUAAGACGGCCUCGCUCGUGUACAACAUGUUCAGCUACGAUCCAUUCACUCAAAUUGAUCUGUCUUCCUUAAACUUAGUACUAAUUCAGCUGGAGCUGCUGCUGCCCGCGUACGUGGCGCACCGUACGCAGCACCUGUGCAUGCCGAAGCGGCUGAUCGAGGAAAUCGAUUCUACCCCGCUGCCACCGCCCCGGUGUCCCACCGGGAAGCUGCGGCUGCACGUGCGCAUUCCCGACGUGCGCGUGCAGGAGUCGCUCAGCGGCGGCGGCAAUCGGGCCGGCGUCAGCAUCACGACGGGCGUGCGCGUCGGCACCAGCCCGGCGAUGAAGACUGAAGGGACAAAGUUUGUUCCGCUUGUAAAUCAUGAAGCAUCCCUAGAUAAGAAAUCAUCCCUCAUCGGUCCCGGCGGCAGCAGCAGCAUACAGUCGCGGGUCAUCGACAUACGGCGGCGCGGCUCGUCCACGGUGAUGAUGAUGAUGGGCGGCAGCAGUUCGGCGGGCCUCGAUUCCAGCAGUAUGGUGGCGACGGCGGCGGGCAAUAGUAGAAGCAUGUCGCCCGGGCUACUGCUGCGCAAGCGGAGCGACAUUGCCGGCGGUGGUGGUAUCGUGUCCAUGGCCGGUCCGCUGCACCAGCAGCAGCAGCAGCAGCAAAACCGGUUAAAUGCGGGCCAGGUGGUGCAGAUCAUUCCUCAGGUGUCAUCGGGUGGUGGAAUCGGCUCGAACGCGUCCCAGUCGUACAUCAUCACCGGGCGACUGCAGCCGGCAGCCGGUGGUAGCGGAGGUCAGGCCAUAUUCCAUCGACCCGCACUAGCGGCAGGUGGUAGCGGCGGUGUUAAUGUUUUGCCAACGCAGCGAAUAGCAACACUCCAGUCGAUGGGAGGACAGUCGAGCGUCGCGGCCACAUCGGCGGCAGCAGCAGCAGCGACAGUGAGUGGUGCCGCCGCCAACCGGAUGGUACAGAACGUCGGGCAAAAGACGCAGAUCUCAUCGACGCUGGCCGCCACGAUCAUGAAGCAGCUAAAGCACUCGAAGAGCCUCGCCGGCAGUAGUGGGAACGGGGCGGCCAGAUCGGCGGAAGCGGCCGAAAUGGACGAACGACAGCGCACCGAGUUCUAUCUGGCCUGCAUCGAGGAGUCGCGCAAGGAGCGGCGCCGGGAGGUGCUGGAGCUGCUCGGGCGCAUCAAUGCGAAGCGUUGCGAUGCGACACCGAUCUAUGGGCGGGAUCUGCGCGAAACGUUGUGUGCUUUGAUCGAGGAAGAGUUCCGGCACCGGCCGGACGAGCUGAUUCCGUUCGGUGUCGCCAGCUCGUACCACACCCGGCGCGCAACGAUGGCACGGUGCGGUGGCGGCGGCGGCAGUGGGACGAAGAACGGUGCGCUGUUCGCUGCCGCCAGCUCGUGCCUGUCGGAAGCGAUCAAAAGCAUCGAUCAGCGGGCGGGCGAGCUGCGCGCGACGAUCUCAAACUUUGUCCUGUUCGUACCGGCCGUGUGUGCGCCGACACCGUACCUGCAGGUGUCCCAUCCGCAUCCAUCCAAGCUGAACGCCGAGCAGCAGUGGGAGGCAACGAUGGCGGAGCAAAUCCAGCCAGCCAUUCAGCUGCUGCAUCCGAUUAUUUCCGCCAUGAGCACACAGUUUCCGGAUCCCCGCCUCAUUCAGUACGACUGUGGCAAGCUGCAAACGCUCGACCGGUUGCUGAAGAAGCUAAAAUCGGAAGGCCACCGCGUGCUCAUCUUCACCCAGAUGACGCGCAUGCUGGACGUGCUGGAAGCAUUCCUGAACUACCACGGCCACAUCUACCUGCGGCUCGACGGCACGACGAAGGUGGAGCAGCGGCAGGUGCUGAUGGAGCGGUUCAACAACGACCGGCGCAUGUUCGCGUUCAUCCUGUCGACCCGGUCCGGGGGCGUUGGCAUUAACUUGACCGGCGCCGAUACUGUGAUAUUUUACGACUCGGACUGGAACCCGACGAUGGACGCGCAGGCCCAGGACCGGUGCCAUCGGAUCGGGCAGACGCGCGACGUGCACAUCUACCGGCUGGUGAGCGAGAAGACGAUCGAGGAGAACAUACUGAAGAAGGCGAACCAGAAGCGCAUACUGGGCGAUCUGGCAAUCGAGGGCGGCAACUUUACCACCGCCUAUUUCAAGAGCUCCACCACCAUCCAGGACCUGUUCACGGUGGACAGUGCGGAGCAGGACGCGUCGGCCCGGCUGGCCGAGGUGCUCGACCGGGACCGCGACCGGAAGGAGCGGUUGAAUGCGAACCUUGCGACGGGCCCGGGGCAGCCGCAGCCGGCGACAGGCGGCGAGCCGGUGGUGGACGGCAGCAAAUCGGCCAUCAAUGUGUUCGAGUCUGCGCUGGCAGCCGCCGAGGACGAUCAGGACGUGCAGGCGGCUAAGUUUGCUAAGGCCGAAGCGUCGGCCGAUCUCGACGAGUUCGACGAAACCAUUCCGAUCGACGAGGAGAAGGUGGCGGCCGCCGGUGACGCCGAGGGCAAGGAGCCGGAGCUGAGCAAGGCCGAGAAGGAGGUGCAGAAUCUAAUUAAACAGUUGAGUCCUGUCGAGCGGUACGCGAUGCGUUUCGUCGAGGACACCGAAGGUACCUGGACUGCGGUGCAGUUGAAAGCAGUUGAGCAGGAGAUCGAGCAGCAGAAGCGCGACUGGGAAGCGAACCGGCUGGCGGAGCAGCGGCGCAACGAGGAGGCGGCCCGCAAGCGCGAAGCAGAGGAGCACGCCGACCUGCUCACCUUCUCCCGGGAGGAUGCCAAAAAUCAGAUAUGGAUAUCGGAUAGCACGAUGGAGAAGAUGCCGAUGUGGUGUCCCCCGACGCCCCCACAAGAUGAUAACGAUCUGUACGUGGAUCAUUCGCUGACGUUCCUGUACGACACGUCCGACAUCAUCCCGGAGGCGGAGCUGCCGCCCGUGUACAUCAAGAAGGACUACAAGCGCAGCCGCUCGGAGGCGGGCUUCUAUCCCGAUGGGCGCCGGCCGCCAAAGAUACGGCGCGAGGACACGUACUACGCGCCGCGCUCGCUGUUCGAUCGGCCCACGCCCCAGAUGGCCAAGCUGCGCAAGGAGUACAAGCUGCAGCGGUACAAGGGCAUCAUCAAGCCGUUCCCGCCGAUGCUGGCGAUGAAGCCGACCACGCUGCCGAUGAAGCCGCCGGUCGAGCCGGAGGGCGGCAUACCGGAGUGGACGGUGUACGAGGAUAUGGCGAUCCUGAACGUGAUACAGAACCUGCAGGGAUUGCCGCUGAACCUGAUGCUGAUCUCGCCGGGCCACGUGCCGAACUGGGACCUGGUGGCGGACAUAGUCAACCAGUCGUCGCGCACGUACCGGCUGCCGAAGCAGUGCCGCUAUCGGUACGAGUCCGUCAUAAUGCCGCGCGAGGAAGGCAAGCUGCUGGAGAGCCCGAAGAAGCAGAAAAAGAACAAAAACCCGCAGAAACAGUCGCCCACGACGUCGUCGUCGUCGCCGCCGCCCCCGUCGAAUCCUGCUGCGGGUUCGUCGCCUCCGAAGCAGAUACGGUCGAUGCGCACCGGCCAGCUGUACACGAGCGAUGCGAACAGUUCGUUCAUCAAGCUGAUGCGCCAGAAGUUCGACAACAUCCGGACGGCGUUCGGCAAGAAGCCGGUGCCGGGCAAAUCGUCGCUCUCGAGCACGCUGCCGGCAGCGCUGAAGAAUCCGAAGCACGCGCUCGUGCUGGCUAAGCACGGUAUCACCGGGUACGAUGCGCCGCUGACACCGGUCGAGAUAGCGACGCGUCGGGCCGAGCGGUACUUGAAGGAAAAGCACAAACUAACGGUCGCACAGGAGCAGCAGCAGCAGGCACAACUGCAGCAGCAGCAGCAGCAGCAGCAGCAGGCUCAGCAGCAGCAACAACAGAACGCCCAACAGCAGCAGGCUGUUGGGACUGUGCCGCAAGCAGGCACCGUCGUAACAACCAUCCAGCAGCAACAGGUGGGCACGACGACGGUGGUCGGUGUGCAACCGAUUGUAACAGCGCAACAGCAGCAGCAGGCACACAUUCAAACGGUCGUUCAGCAGCAGCAGCAGCAGCAGCAGCAGCAGCAGCAACCAUCUGCCGCCACUGUGCAAGCGGUCACGGUAGCAACACCGGCCCAGCAUCUCAUUCAGCAGCAGCUGCAACUGCAAGCGCACGCCAUCUCGCCACAGCAACAGGCGGCCACUGUGCAGGGUCAGCAAAUUGUGACCUCUGCGGCAGGGCAGUCAACGACGAUCGUCGUGUGCGGCGUGUCGACCAAUGCGACCCCAACCGUGGCUACGAUCGUGCAGGCGGGUCGGGUCGGCCAACCGGUAGUUAACAUCUGCGCCAGUCCCAGUCAGCAGCAGCAACAACAACAGCAGACACAACAGAUCGUUAAAGCCAUCGUUGCAAGUCCGGCAAGUCAGAAUCUGCUUUCGCAACAGUUGGCACAGGUGGCGGCACAGCAGAGCGGCAACGCGCAGCAACAAGUCGGGCAGGCGGGCCAAACGCAACAAGUGUCGGUCGUGCUGACCACACCCGUCACUACCAUGUCGGGCGUAAACUCGGUCCAGCUGACGUCCCAGCCCCAGAUCGUAUCCAUCCAUCAGCCCGCAUCGUCGCAGCAGCUGCUGCAGGGUGGCGGUACUGCAACGAUCUCGCCCGCCUCGCAAGCCACGUCGAUCGUGAACCAAUCGAUCCCGCAUGUCGUCUCGGUCGCACAGCUCGGCAGCGUGAUGACGUCGGGUGUGGCCAGCAGUGCUACGAUACAGCCGGCGCAGGUAACCACGCUGACGACGUCGGCACUGCGCGCCCAGCGCAUCGUUGCGCCGACCGGUACGCUGCAGGAGGUGGUGCUGCACCAGCGAUCGGGCUCCCAGAGCCCCACCGUCGUCAGCGUGAGCAGCCUGGGCGGUGGACUGACCCAGGCGCAGCUCCAGUCCGCCCAGCUACGGCUUUCGAUGGCCGGCGGCCAGCAGGUGUCCGGUGUGGUGGCCAAAUCCAUCUCGGUCGGGACGGUUUCCAGCACCGGUAAGCCGGGCAACGCGCCGCAGAUACAGUUCUACCGCCAGCCCCCGAUGCGGCAGUCGGUAAAGGUGCUGCAUCCGGCGACGGCGGCCCAGGUCGCAACGAGCGGCGGAGCGACGGUGCUGCAAACGGCCUCCGGCCAACCGACGAUCGUCAGCCCGGCCAUCCUGCAGGGCAACAUCAUCCAGACUGGCACGGUCGGGCAGACGGUGCAGGUGCAGCAGGCAACGGCUGCUGGUGCGACCGGCACGGCCACCGCUGGUACGGCCGUGGUGCAAAAGGUGUCCGGCGUGACCACGGUCACCGGUGGCAAUGCGGUGACGCAGGUGGUUUCGGCCACCGGUGGUACGAUCGUGUCCCAAACGCCGACGGUGACCGGUGCCGGCGGCAGUACGAUUGCGACCGUGCAGAUGGUACAAGGACAGCCGCGCAUGCAGUACAUCAAGCAGCUCGGCGGUACGAAGCACAUGAUCACGCGCCCGGCAACGGACAACGAAAUGCAGCUCAUGGUGAAGCGGCAACUGAUCAGCCAGCAGCAGCAGCAGCAGCAACAGCAGCAGGCCGCGCACAACAAACAGCAGCUCAUACCGCAGGCACAACUGUUUGCCCAGGCCGCCAACCUGCAGGUGCAGCAGGCGGGAACGUCCGGCGCACAGCAGAUGACGCUGGUCAAAACGUCCGGCGGUACGGUGGCGGCCACCGGGAUGACGCUGUCCCAGGUGAAGCCGGGCCAGCUGAAAACGAUCGGGGCCAACCAGGGUCAGGUACGGCAGGUGCAUCUGCAGCAGCAGAUACUGACCCAGCAGCGCAAGGGCGCCGCGGCCGGCAAGAUGACGCAAAUCACGCACGUCGCCGGCAAGACGGUACAGCCGACGCAGGUGUUUCUGCAGGGGCCGAAAAACAUCGCCUCCGGCACGACCAUGACGAUGCAGCAGGUGCAGCACGUCAUCCGUCACACGCACCAGGGCAGCCAGAUCGUGCUCGGCAAGACCGGUGUCAGCCGAAUGAUUCCCGUGUCCAUGUCACAGUCGCAAGGCCGGCAGGCGAUACAGGUGGUGUCAGCAACGUCCGCCGCCCAGGCAAUUGCAGCCGGCAAUAUACGGACGCACGUGCCGGGGCAGAACAUCGGCACGAUUAAGGUGGCGGGAGGGGCCACCUCGGCCCAGCAGCAGCAGGUGAUACUGAACGCUAUCCAAUCGCAACAAGCCGCCCGUUCGAAUGCUAGCCCGGUACGACUGCAAACUACACCCGGUGGAUCGCUGGUGGCAGUCACGGUGCAGUCUCCGCAACAGUUACAGCAGCAGCAGCAGCAGCAGCAACAAGUGGUGGUCGGUACGUCUGUGACCUCCACACCGAACGUCGUGUCUCAGACGGUGGUAGGCGGCUCGGGUUCCACCGAUUCUAGCCAAUCGGCAGCUGCUGGAGGCAGUGGUGCCGGUGGAAGCGGUGGUGGACCAGCCGCUCAAGUUGGCACGACCGCACAGCAGCAGCAAGUGUUAGCCAUACAGCAGCAACAACAGGCCACUGUGCAGCAAUCCGCUCAGCAGCAUAUUACUGUGAGCAGUAGCGCGACUGUCGGUGACAGUGGAAGUACCGUGUCUACCGCCAGUUCCGGCCCAGCAGCCACCCAAGUGUCAUCUGCUGCGGUAGUCGUGAGCUCGGCGGCCAGCAGUGGAUCAAACACGGGUGCUGGUGCAACUAGCGCCACUCAGUCGGGGCAGCAAACGGCCCAGGUGAGUAUGAUCAAGAAGAAACAGUCACCGAAUGUUGCAAAGUAAAGUUGUUGGUGGAGAGUUAGGGUAACUACGGUGGGUGAAGUUGUAAGCAUGUGAGAUUAAUGAUAGUUUAGUUUGUAAAAUUUAAGAAAACAAGAGAACAUCGGUAAAAAGGGAAGGUUUUGGGGACGCGUUGGGUAGCGAAAAAAAUAAAAUCGUUUCGAUUUUAAAUUAGUAAAAAAUCUAUCAGGAUAAAACAGAUUGCGAUCAUCAACCGAGAGAGAAAAAAUAGAGAGGAAGAGUCAGUUCAUUCAUUCGUAUAACCGUUGUCCAGUCGGCGUGCAAUCCCGUCUCUUUUUUUAUCAGAAGGAACCUUUCCAAAUAGAGUGUAUUGCUUGGAAAUUAAAACAUAACAGAUUCAUCGCGCACCGUAGAAUUCUUAUUGGAUAAGAGAUGUAAUAUAGGCAUCUUAUCAUCCCGGGUGUACUCGUUGGUUUCGGUUUUAUCCAGCCCAGGGUCCUACUGUGACCGUUAAUGGAUCCACAGUUUGCAUACACUUUGGGAUUUUUUUACAGUCUCUGUAGCAGACUAUACCACUGCUCUCGGGUUGUCCCGUUCUGUGGUUUCCACCAUUCUGCUGGCCAAAUGUUAGCCAAAUUCAUAAGUCUUUUUAAGCUUCUGGAUUCUUACAUUGUUCGCUUCUGUUGUUCUUGACAGCAUCUUGUCUAUUUUGUUGCCUCGGCACAGGAAUAGCAGUAUCGCCGUUGUGGUGAUAUCCUUUGUUCACAUCCUGAUAUCUUCCAUAACAUCCUUCCUUUGACAUGAUCCGAUUAGCAAUGGCCAGAAUGUUCAGUCCUUGGUAUUCAAAUUCGGUAAACAGAGUUUAUAAAUCUACAUAUUUAGCACAUAUCCUAGUGAUACAUUCGUUCCUCUCAAUCUAUUGUCGGGACUCAUUAUCAUGGUGAGGUGGGGUCGUCAUCAUCACAUAAGGUAUAGAUUUUCUAUUUUGUACUAUUUAAAACCAACUUCAGAGACUGAUUCCAGUAUCGCCACAUCUUAUCCGAGCUCCACAAAGGGCUUUGAUGGAUCUUUGGAAAGAUCCGUUCGUUGCAAUCAUGUUUGAGACACAAUUUUUUUUUCCGGUGUGGAAUCCAAUGAUGAUUAAUUUUCGAUUUGAACGUUCCUUUUCGGCUGCUUCAGCAAUUGCAACCACUGUUUCAUAGUCGAUGUCAAUGAGUACGUCUCUAAUCCAUCGGUAAGAGUGUCCACUAGGAGCUCGUUCGUAGGCUAGGAAUCCCCUUCUAAUAUCUCUAUACAUUUGCUCAUAUUCUGCAGGAAAGUCUUGGCUAAUUACCACCGUCCUCCUGUGGUGAUCAAACUGGGAACGAUCUUGACUAAAUCGUGAUUAUGCAGGCAGUCGGACUUGAGACACACAACUUUUUACGGUGUGGAAUCCAAUGAUGAGUGAUUUGCGAUUUGAGCGUUCCUUUUCGGCUGCUUCAGCAAUUGCAACCACUGUUUCAAAGUCGAUGUCAAUGAGUACGUCUCUAAUCCAUCGGUAAGAGUGUCCACUAGGAGCUUGAUCGUGGGCUUCAUCCUUUCUAAGUUCCUUCAGGAACCUGGAAGAGAUGUCGUCAGCUUGUGGCUGACUGCUUUUAGGCGCUCGGCCCUUUCUCACGUAGAUCGUGAACCCGUCGUUGUCCAUGACUUGAGGUGUUGAUGUUUGCAUCUCAGCAGUCUGCACCGUCCUGUUCUCGGGUAGCCGCUUCAACUCUUCGUACAUUGUUGAAGCAUCUCACAUAUGAUUGGGACAUGCAAGUCAAGUCAAGUCAGGCAUCUUUUGAACCAUUCCCGCGGUGUUGUGUAGUAGCUGUUCGAGAGUUUUGUUAUUUUUAUUUUUAGGUCAAUCGUUCUAGUUGGAAAGCGUUUCCUUCCUGCGUAAAUUCAGUUCCAACCAGAUAAUAUUCCGACGGGCACAACAUACAAACGAUGAUCUGAUCCUAUGGAAAUUCAAACAAUUUCUACUAUCUUUCGAUGACAUAAACACUUUACGACCGACGAUAAAGAUUGGAUAAAACUUUUCCUACCCACAAAUACUACCCUGGAAAAACUCUCGGUUCGAUAAGGAUGCGUUCAGUGUGUGUGUGUGUUUAGUGUGUAGUUUUUCUUAUUUUAAUGAAAUUGAAUUGAGCUUUAUUUAGCACGGCGAUCAGUGAAUGCGCCAGUUAGCAUAAAACAUUUUGUUGUAAAUAGUUCGGAGAAAAAGGUGCAAGAAAAACGGGAAUAUGGCGUAAAAAAACAGAAUCUUAUCAUCGUACUAUAAUUAGGAGAAGGGAAUCCCUCCUCCCCCAUCAUUAUCGGCAAGAUAAUGUUGCAAAUGGAAAGCAAACUAGAAGCUUCUUACCCGCUAACAACGAAACACGAAGGCACAUUUUUGAUGCUGUUAUCAAAUUACAACGCUACGUUUGCGUAAAUAGUAAGGUGUGUGUUCUUUCAAC